AUGGCACGCCCACAGCCUCUUAAUGAUAAAACCAUCAGUCUAGGUGGUCACACUGACAUCGGGACAAUCGCCAUGCUAUUACACGUAGUUGGAGGUUUCCAGGUAUUGCCCGCAGGAAGCGAGAACAUCAGCUCCAACUGGCGUUAUGUGCUUACAGCAGGAGGGCUGCUAUGUAGCAAUCCCCAUCGUAUUGUCACACCACCUGGAAAACAAGCAAAUUGUAUACUUCGCAGUUUAGUGUAUCUCGUUCGACCGGAUCAUAAUGGAUCUAUGUAUCGUCUUCAGAGCACUGUGAUUGCCCCUUUGGCAGAGGAUGAAGAGAUAAAGACGCGUUCCAUCGACGAGUGGGCAACAUGGAAAGCGCAUCAGGUUAUCGAGGGAAAGGUGAGGUCACAAACUCGAGGUGGUCGGCUAUUAGCAUGGGCAAUGCUAUAA